AUUGUGGUAGAAAGUAUUGAGUAUUGUUUUCACGAAAUUUAAAAGCAAUUUUGUCGGAUGUGUUGUUUAUAAAAAUUAAUUACAUUAGGAGUAUGCUAGAAGUCAUCGAACUAAGUUUAAUAUAUGUUUUUAUUUAUUGGCUAAGAAAAAAUUUGAAGCGACAAAAAUGAUGAUUAUGAUGUUAAUCUUUUGUCGAGGAGUGCUUUAAAGUGCCGGUGCAUUAAAUCCAACUAAUUCACCUCAAAAAUAUACUUAAAGAGAUUGCAAUAGUUCACAUUUAUAAGCCUAUUUUCCUUAUAAUUUUGUGUCAAAAUCAUUUGUACAUAUGUGUGUCUAUAUAAAAUGUUCAAUCAACAGUAAACAAAAUUCGAUAUUUUUGUAAGAACUGUGUUAUUCUUCAUUUUGAGUUUAAAAAAGUCCAACAACCAUUCCAAGGCAAUCAUGAUGUAUUAAAUAAUUUCAUUAUUGGUUCCAAUGUUAAGAGCCCGGAAUAGCUUGACCUAAUUAAUUUCCUGUCAGCUGAUUAAUAGCUACACUUAUGUGUAUGUGUUAUUUUAUAGGCGUUGGCGCUAGUAUGCUUGUUUUUAGAAUAAAACAAUAUUAAAUAUGAGGAAUAUUUUUAAUAUUUCUUUGGUGCUAAUCACGUCCCCAUAAAUACACACAAAUAUGUAGACCAUUUAGUCUUAUUAAGAAACUUUAAAAUCUGACUAAUAUUAAGAAAUCUUAACUCUUAAAAAAUUUAAAUGAACUCUGUCGCGAUGUUAAAAAUAAAACUACAUAUAAAAUAAUAAAUUAUACCCCAAAAUUUAUAUACAUAUGUAUAUUUUAUAUGUAUUAUAUUUAGAGUGAGUGGUGCAUCCUAAUUAUUUGGAAAAAUUAAUUUUGAAUAAUUUGUAUUCAAGAGAAAUGUUUUCCUGUUGUCGUGCUAGUUCGAAAAAUUCGAAUUUACCAAAAAAAGUAAAAAAUAAAAAAGUUGAUGCGUUAAUCCAAAAUCAAAAUGCGGAAGGGGAAAGCGUCGAGGAUCAGAAGCGAAUAAUUCCAACGAUAAAAAUCGAGAAGGGUAAAGCGAAUGACUUUGAAACCGAAAACCAUUCACUUUCUCUAAAUGGAAAAGAACCCGAAUAUCUAGUUGAAAAUUCCACAGCAGAUAAAAGGAUAUGUGAUGGCAUGGCGAUAGCUGGUACAACAAAAUCCGAAACAGCAGAUAUUGCAUCUAAUACGCAGCUGCGGAACAAAAAUGUUGAGAAUGACCAAAACGAUGUAGGAACUAAAUUGAAUCAGACAACGAAAACUGAUUAUAGUUGUACAACAAUUAGAAACGAAAUAAUAACUGAAAAUUGCGGAAAGUUGGACGACAUAGAAACAACUGUUUUAAAAAGUAAUGACGAAACUACAGCAGGCACCACACCGGUAAAAAGUUGUCUCUCACGCCACAAUUCGAUACACACAUCUAUAAAGAAGAAGGUUAAUAUCAGUACACAAGCUGAAAUAAUAGAACCGGAUCCUGUUCCUCAAUCCCCGCACGAACCCGUUUCAUCAACUGUGGAUGAUGACGAUGUUUUUUCUGAUUCACUGCCACCGCCAAAACGCGAAAGUAUGUGUGCGCCCUAUAUUGAGCAAACUGACAUUCCGGAAUUAGUGGCAUAUGCUCAUGGGCUUCCCGAAUGGUUCAAUGAUGAAAGGAUUAAUGAAAUUGGCUGCAUUGAGCCACCUGUUACGCCUGUGGGUCGCGAUGAGCUUGAAUUGAGGCGGCAGCGUCUGUAUACAGACCUAUUGCGUGCAGCACAUGCAGCUGUAGAGCAUAACGUACGCUUUACCCCGUUUGCAACAAAUAUAACUGGGGAUGCGAUUAACAGAAUAAGUGGAAGCGUUAGAGAUUGUGAUCCAGACUUAAAACCAUCCGUUGCUGAAAAUCUUGAGAAUUUAGUUAAUCGUUUAGAGCAGUUGGUUGAGCGUUUGGAACGUUCGAUCUCAGCACGUGAGCUAGAAGUUGCUAAUCGCACAAUUGAUGCAGUUCGAACGAAAAAGCGAGAAAGUUUCAACUUAGAGAGUACCGAAUUACCCACAGCGUCGCCUACUGAACAAUUGCCGCUACAGACGGAAAGCCUAAAUAACCGAAUAAAAAAAUUGGAACAUUCAUUAAAUCAAAUAAACGAACGACACAGCAGCAGUUUGAAUACGAGUAAUAGCCAGUGCAGUCAAAAACUCAGAGAACAACAGGAGCACCAACAACAAAAGGGAGAGGACAGCCUUGAAAAUAUACCAACAGUGCUUGAAGAUUAUCAAGUGUCCACGCCUCUACUAGUCUCCGAAGGAGAGCAAUAUUCGCAGUUAAAGCCGCCGCCCGAAAUGAGUGUACUAGGCUUCCAGGAUAUUAUCAGUGGUCCGCUGAAUCAAUAUUUAGCUCUUUCUGAGAAAAUCGGUGGCGAUGUUGCAAAACAUGCGCAGUUGGUAAAAUUAGCAUUUGAUGCUCAAUCGCAAUAUGUUACGUUGGCCAGUCAAUGUUCUCAACCUAACCAAGAGAAGCAAAUGGAGUUGCUGAAGCCCACUUCUGUGCAAAUUAGCGCUAUCCAAGAUUAUCGUGAGAAGAAUCGAGGAUCUGCAUUUUUUAACCAUUUAUCGGCUAUUAGUGAGAGUAUUCCAGCUUUAGGAUGGGUCUGCGUGUCACCUACACCUGGACCACAUGUAAAAGAAAUGAAUGAUGCCGGUCAAUUUUAUACAAAUCGUGUGUUGAAAGAGUGGAGAGAUAAAGAUACAACUCACGUAGAGUGGGCAAGAGCAUGGAUCCAGACAUUAACUGAAUUGCAAUCAUACAUUAAGCAGUAUCAUACCACUGGUCUAGUAUGGUCUGGUAAAGCUGCAGCACCAGUUGGGGGUUCUGUGCCACCACCACCACCAAUUGGUGCUUGCCCACCACCACCACCACCGCCAACAUUCGAUAUUGGUGCAAUGUCAUUAGAUGACGGUGGUGCAGAUGAUCGCAGUGCUCUAUUUGCCGAAAUUAAUCAAGGCGAGGGCAUCACGAAAAAUUUAAAGAAGGUCACUGCUGACAUGCAAACUCAUAAGAAUCCAACGUUGCGCACUGGUCCAGCUCCAUUCAAGACACCUACUCAGUUUGGUUCAUCUUCUAGUGGUUCAUCUACUACUGCCGCUGUUGCAAAAGAGCCAGUAUUCACACGUGAUGGAAAAAAAUGGUUAAUUGAAUAUCAACGUAACAAUCGCAAUUUGUUAGUAGAGAAUGCUGAAAUGAACAAUGUGGUAUAUGUGUAUAAGUGUGAAGGUUCAACUUUAACUGUUAAGGGCAAAGUUAACAACGUUGUAUUAGACUCAUGUAAAAAAUGUUCUUUACUAUUUGAUUCAGUUGUCGCGUCAGUGGAAUUCGUAAAUUGUCAAAGUGUCCAAAUGCAGGUUCUUGGUUUCGUACCAACUAUAUCAAUUGAUAAAACCGAUGGCUGUCAAAUGUAUUUAUCUAAUGAAUCACUCGGUGUGGAAAUUGUAAGCUCAAAGUCUUCCGAAAUGAAUGUUAUGCUUCCCCAAGCCAGUGGUGAUUAUAUUGAGUUAGCUUUGCCGGAGCAGUUCAAGACCACUAUUUCGGGACAAUCACUGAAAACUAGUUGCGUGGAAAGUCUUGGUUAAACUCAUUUAAUGUCGAAGAUGGCUUCAAACCGCCAAAAAAAUUCAUCGAAGCAGAUGUAAUGGAGUCUUUACAUAAAACUGAACAUACAUAUUUACAAAAAAUCAUUUUGCUACUCCAAUUCACUUUUUAUAUAAGUAAUUUAUACUAUGAAACAUCGGUGUUGAACACACAGGUUUUAAUCAAAAACUAAAAAAAAUACAAAAUAAACUUUUUAAGAUUACAGUCGUUUAGUACCAAUUGGGCGUAUUGCAACAAACAAAAAAGUUUUUAUUGCCUGUUUAUAUUUGUAAAGAAAAAAUUAAUACUACUAAAUUUAUAUUUAUAGUUGUGUUAUUUAUUUAUCACACAUCAAUAUUAAAAAUGACAAUUUUGAAUUAAUUUCUAAAUUUCAUUAAUAUGUCUUAAUACAAGUAUUCAAUAAGUAAUGCAAAUAAAAGCAAUUUACUACCAGUUUACAAAGCAAA